AGAACGUGCCUGCUAGAAGAAAGCACAGACACUUUUUUCUGCGUUCCGAAAAUGGGAAGCAGGCUUUGUGUGGCCUUGUACAGACCAUCCAUGGGGCACAACUAACAGCAAUUCAGCAGUUUCCAGUGAGAGCUUGCAAUGGACCAAGAUUCACACUGCACAGCAGAAAGGGAAUUGUUGGAAGCUGUAAGCAGAAUUACUACUUUUUCUACCACAAGCCCAGCUGAUAAAGAAGAAAAUCAACCCAAAGCUGAAAUUUCGUGUCAACUGAGAAAAGAAAACCCAGAAAAAGAUGACUUGAAAGAUUCCAAUGCAACCCUAAGUCCCCACUCUUCGAUGACCACUAAGGAGCUUCAGGAAUACUGGAGGAACGAGAAAAGCCAGUGCAGACAAGUCAAACUCCUUUUUGAGAUCCCAUCAACCAGAAUUGUAGAGCACCACUUGUCUAAAUAUGUGAUGUAUAAAAUCAUCAUUCUGCAAACAGGGAGUUUUGACAGCAACAAGUCUGUAAUUGAACGGCGUUAUUCAGAUUUUGAGAAACUGCACAGAAAUCUGCUGGAGGAAUUUAGUGAAGAAAUGGAAGAUGUGACCUUUCCCAAAAAAACUCUAACAGGGAACUUCACAGAAGAAAUAAUCAAUGAGAGAAAAUUAGCCUUCAAGGACUACCUGAGACUUCUAUAUUCUAUGAAAUGUGUCCGAAGAUCAAAAAAAUUUAUUGACUUUUUAACAAGGCCGGAGCUUCAGGAAGCGUAUGGUUGCUUGCGGGGUGGCCAGUACCCCAAAGCUUUGGAAAUCCUUUUGGAAGUCAUUGGUCUGCAGGAAAGGCUGACAAGAGGCAACCCUGCCUCAAUUGUCCCUACUCUCUGUGCUAUCAUGGUGUGCCACAAGGACCUGGAAAACCCAGCAAGUGCCUUUGAAUAUGGAGAAAAAGCUCUAUCACGCCUUCGCGUGCAUUCCAGCCACAGGUAUUAUAUCCCAUUGUUAGAAACGAUGAUCACUCUGGCCUAUGAACUUGGCAAGGAUUUCCUGUCUCUGCAAGAAAAACUGGAAGAAUGGAAGGCAAAGAAAGAUCCCGUACGGGUAUUUACCCUGAAAGAACUUGCAGUUCGGGAAUAUGUACAAUGAACACAAGAAACAAUUUCAUGAAAGAGCAAAUUCCUGAGGGAGUAAGAACUGAAAAUUACCAGUUUGGCAAAUGUAGCAUUGUAUUAAUAGGAAAAAAAAAAUAAAUUAAGUAUCUUCCAUGUUCAGAAGGGACAUUAGCAUCUAUGUUGGAAAAUAUUACAUUUUCUCUGCAGAUAUGAGGAGUAUCUAAGGAGCACCUUAAGGUUUUUUGAAAGAAAUUUGCAAGAAAAUAAUCAUUUAUGUUUUGCUUAUUUUGAACAAAGCUUAUUUUGUGUGAAAAGUCGGAAUAAGAAAUUGGAAUGAAUAAAGCACUUAAGAAUCUGCAGAAUCAGAGGCAUUUCUUGCUCAUGUGGAAACUAUUUCCUUUCAAGAACAAAAACACCUUCUCAGCUGAUGCAAUUUAAAAGAUGCACCUUCAGACACCGAAUAUAGUUUUUUCCUCCUCGAGCUCAGGCCUGGUCAAACAGCACUUUGCUGGUUUUGAGAAUGAUGGGGUUGGUCCUGUUCCCACUGAAUUCAGCUGCUGUGGGCAGGAGAACGUGGGGAGGGAAGGUUUACAAUAACUUUGGUAGGAGCAAAAAAUACAAGCAAUGAUCAUUCCAUCAGAGAUGAGGGAAUGUACCUCGUUUCCCUUUUGUAACUAGCAGAGUUUUAUGACUGGCAUUGAAGGCACAUUCUUGUUUGGGGUGAUCUUUAAGCACAGCUUUGACCAGGGUAGAAAAUUCAAACCACGUGCACUAUAUCCACAGUGAAAAAGGACUACAGGAGAGUGCUGUUGGGGAGAACAUCUGGCUGUUAUAAUGCUAGCCUUUAAUUCUGAUUAUUGAGCUGUGAGAUAUGGUUAACAGACAGUCUGUGCUUCCCACUUUCCUGUCAGAUGUUUAUAUAAAUUGGGCCUUGCCUUAGCUUUACAGCCUGGUAUGCCAUGGAAGCAUCAUCUUGGUGGCACUGCAAUAUUACAGCUAAUUUUUUCAGGGAUCCAGCACACCUAUAAAAUACUAAGCUUGUUUUGGCCCUAACACUCCUGGGAAAGCUUCCUAAGAGCUGAAAAAGUCUCUAUUUAACUGCUUCAUUAAUUUCCCUCAACUCUAUGAUCUCUCCCAUACACUUAUUUUAACAAUCUGGUAAAUUAAUUCUCAUAAAUAUAGUAAUUAAUUUCAUUAACUAGCGUGGGUCAUUGUUCUCUGCUGAACACAGUCCACUAAGUACUUUUGGGCCUGAACUCCAGUUACAGAUCCUACAUGCACCACAAUGACACUGUCAAUAAGUUAGGAAUAACUGUAUUAACUUACCUCCCAGAGACAUGAAAGAAUCAGCUAAUUGGAAAGGCACUGAGUCUGAAAAACUUUGCUGUGUAUUGUUACAAGAAGGAUGUCUUGAAAAAAAAUACAGAAUAAUAGGAGUGUCUAGGGUAGAAUGUUAAUAUUUUAAGUAGCUAUUAAGAGCUAGGCAUUAAACUCAAAAUACAUGGAUUAUUUGUUAUUUGACAAUUGUUUUUUUCAAGUUAUACCAGCAAUAAUAGAAUUAAGAGUAAUUAAUUAAGGGACUUAGGGACUAAUCUUCCCACAACAUACCAUAUUGCAGGACAGUUAAAAUGAAUCAAAGGUAACACCUUCUCAGAGAAUUUCUGAAUCAGUAACAAAGCACUGAAGAAGAAAGCAUGUCUGGGGUCUGCAUCCCAUUCAGGCAGUUUCAAGUCAAGAUAGAAAGGAGCCAUGGCCUUCACACUGCUCUAACUCCACAGCAGUUGGUGAUGAAAGACCAGCAGAAUAGGAAAAAAAUAAUUUCCUCCCUUUUGCUCCCUCCCAUCAUUGUGUGCAGUGCCCAGGGCACAGCUCCCUUGGAUUCUCCUCAGGUUCCCAUGGGAUGGCACAUGAGUAUCUAAUUGCAUCCACAGACCCUCACCUUACAGCUGACCACAGUGGGUCCAUAAGGACAUGCUGUCUGACAAGGACAAUUACCAGGAAAGGCAGCACAUCAGCAAGAUCUUACUUUUAACCUUUACUGGUGGUAAUGUUAUAAAUUUCCAUCUUGGAAGGACUAACUGACCCAAAUCUGACCAAUUUCUGCUCACAUGUUUUGAGGUGCAAUUUGGCUAAGAGAAAAAUUUAUAUAAUUCAAAAGGUACUAAAAUAAACAGUGCAA